UGGGGGCCACAAGGCUGCCGAGCUGAGCUAUCCUCGACGAUCCAUGGGUUUGCACUGCGAAGCCCAACAUGCUGGUGCCAUGUGUGUACGUGGCACGGUUCAAGGCUGGCCCACGAGUAUGGCAUAUAAGAUGACCGCUCGACGCUCCACGUUGGCGGCCAGAUGUGCCCUGAGUCUUGGUAGACGCAGCUCCCCCCAGAUCUCCGUGCCUAGUCUUAGGAAAGAGCAGACAUACACUCCUUCCUCACUCAUAUACAUUGACUCCCUCAGAGUUGAGAAUGCGCUCUUCACAUCUUCUCACACUGCCAGCCUUGGCACUGGCAACGCCAUUCGACCUCAAGUCCCGACAGAACAACGUGAACUCUUCCGGUAUCACCUGGGGAAAAUGCCACGAUCCCUUGAUCCCUGGCAAUUCGAGCCUGCAAUGCGGCUCGCUCGAUGUCCCUCUUGACUACACCAACGAAGACUCUGGUGCAACCCUGGCCCUGGAGAUUGUGCGCGCUCCAACCCCCAAGGUGCCCAGCAAGGGCAGCAUCUUCUUCAAUGCUGGAGGUCCUGGUGCUUCCGGCAUUGAAGACCUUGUGGCUCUCGCUUCCAGGAUUCAAUUCACCACCAACUACGAUUACGACAUUGUCAAUAUCGUUCCUAGAGGUACCAACAGCACCCUGCCCUUCUCAUGCUACCAGGACACGGCGUCAUCCACCUACGCCGGGCUCACCCUAGCUGCAUCGGCAUAUGACACCGCUCCGGCCAAUAUCUGGGUGCAGUCCCAGCUUUUUGCGGACAAUUGCGCCGCGAUGCAGACAGAGAACGGGACACUCAUCGGAACGGCCUUUACGGCCCGCGAUCUGAUGCGUGUGGUGGACGUGCUCGAGGAGGAUGGCCUUCUCCGCUACUGGGCUCCCUCUUACGGUACCCUGUUGGGUGCCACGGUCGCCGCCAUGUUUCCCGACAAGAUCGACAAGAUGGUCUUGGACGGCGUCGUCAACCCCACUCUAUACUACCGCAACAAUGAGAGUGAGACGUUCACCAGCAUAGACGGCACUUUCAAUGGGUUUUGCGUAGGCUGCGCCGAGAACCCCGACAAGUGUCCAUUGGCCAUGAAUCAAACGGCCGACGAGGUGAAGCAAGGUAUCUUCAAGAUGCUCGAGGGGUUGCGCACUGACCCCUUGGCGAUUCCAACACCCGGUGGCCCUCUUGGUGGUAUCGUGCUUGACUAUAGUUUUGUCAAGAACCUCAUCGGCUCAAGUCUGUACUACCCCAGCAAGUGGUCUGGCAUGGCCUCGCAGCUCUUUGCUGUUCAGCAGCGGAACCUCACGCUUAUUUCUGAGAUUCUUUCGGCCGGCGCUGCAGGCGGCGGCGAUGCUACUGGAUCCAACGCCCUGCAGACCGCCGUCGCCCCUGACAGCAACGCGCGCGAUGGUAUCAAAUGCAGCGACGUACUGACGCAUGCUGCGAACCGCAGUGAGUUUCAGUCCGCCCUCGACGCUCGCCAUGCCGCGGGAUACUUUGCCGAUGCCGCGGACGACCUGCCUACGCGAUGUGCGCAGUGGAAACUGCCUGCCAAGGAGCGCUACGACGGCGAUUUUAAGGUCAAGACCACCAAGCCGAUCCUCCUUAUCAACAAUGAGUUCGACCCGGCGACGCCGUUGGUAUCCGCAAAGAACGUGUCGGAGACUUUUGAGAACGCUGUGCUGGUGGAGCAGCGAGGUGGUUAUGGUCAUACCAUUUGGGCCCACGUGAGCCCCUGCACAGUGCAACACAUUGCGACGUAUUUUGCGAAUGGUACGGUCCCUGAGAAGGGUGCCAUAUGCGAUGUCACUGUGCCGCUCCUGUCGGGCCUCACCGGAUGGGAGGAGAUCCUCGGAGCUUGAGUUGUAAUUCUGGAUGCAGCGAGUCUUUACUUGACCUGGGGCGAUUGCGAAAGAGAGUAGAUGGGUCCAUGACCACAAUACUAAUGCUGAUUUAUACUGAUUCUACUCUGUCGUCCACUACUCAAAAAU